ACUCAACCCCAGCAGAUCGACCCCAGUAGUGGCAAGAGACCCAAAGGUCGACAAGGCAAGACAAAGCUGAGUGAGUUGCAGAGUAUGCAGGGCAUCAUGGGGUUGGAUAUGGAGCAGAUGCUGGUGGCGGUAGGCCCGGCGCAGGUGGCGUGGGCGGAGACAGUCGAGGUGGUGGCGGGCAUGACGUGGAGUGACGUGCUCUGGGCAUGUGCAUACGUUGGACAUUGCAUCUUCACCUGCACUCGGGUACAUCGGGCCGAGGUGGCACUGCCGGCACGGACCCGGGUCUGGGCCUACUUGCUCGCCGUGGUGGCGUGCUCGGCCGGGUCGACGGUGGCGGCGCUGGCGAGCAUCACGCCGACGGCCUCGCUCAGCUACCUCACGCAGCCACACGCCAUGCUUGUGCCGAUUGUGCUCUGGGCGCUGACGUAUGAGACGCCGCUGCUGCUGCGGGCGUACGGCUGGUGGCCGGUGCGGCUGGCGGUAGUCAUCGGCCAGUGUGCUUACAAGGCCCGCGGCGCCAUUGCCUUCCAAGACAAGCUCUACGCCACGCUGACGAGCGACCCGAGCAGUAUGCCUGCUUACGCGCGGCCGAUACCAUCGGUGUGGUAUGCGCCGGGCGUGAUCAUGCCAUGCGUGGCCAUGGCGGUCGCCACGGGCCUCACCAUGCGCGCUGUCGCCUACGUUGCCUCUGUCUCGCACAACGUCCGGCUGCCCGGCCGGGCGGUCAUGGGCUCGCGGUCGAUGUACUCGUCGAUGGUGGGUCUUGCGGUGGCGUACGCCCUUCGGCGAUGGACACAGGCGCCAGUCGAGGCUGUGCGUCUCCUUGCCGGCCUGGUCUUUGCCGAGCAGGUCGCUCGCGCCGAGGGCGUGUGGUCUGGCGCCAUCCCGCCGCCGGCCCCGCCGCUCGAGGUCCGCAGCGGAAGCCCACCGUCGGCCGCCCUCGUCGACGCCCGCGAGCGCCGCCGGAGCCGGACCCGGGCCAGGACCCAGCGGUCGGCGGCCAAGUCGACGGCAACUGCAAGUGGCGACGCCGCACGCUCGUUGAGGCCGCGGACACGUCGGAGUAAGACAAAGGCAGCGUAA